UCUCCCUCCGCAUCCCCCAUCUCUCCUCCCACGCGACUCCUCGCCGCCGCCCCAUGAUUCCGAUGACUUUCGGCGACUAUGGCCGGCGCGCAGCCUACACCAAUCUUCCCCUCUCUCCGCUCCUUCCUCCCCUCUGGCUAGAUUUACCACUAGCGCUCUCCAGCAACCCAUCCCCGUGGCUAGGGUUUCGGUGCCGGCGCGGCUCCGGCUGAUCCUCUUCGUCGCCUGCCACAUGCUGGAUGGUGCUCCUGGAAUAGGGCCAUGCGAGGCCGACCUCCCGUAGGAUGUGCUGAUGGGCGCACCCUGCAGCCGCAUGUUCGGGAUGAGCACGGGCCCGACGGUCUUGUCCCGCUCGAUGAUGGAGGCGGCGAACGCCAGUGCUCCUCGUCCCUGAACCCGUCCACCUGUCCGGCGAUGUACAGCUUGUCGUCAUGCACGUGUACAUGGAAGGACUGUAGAACAGAGAAGGGUUUCAUUGUAAAACAGAGAAGGGGUUCAUCAUGCCGGUUGGGCUGGUUUGGGCUAGCUCCGGCGACAGUGUUGUCGGCCUCAACCACAAAUGUUGAAGGUAUUGCAUUACAUUGAAUUUGAUGGAGAGCAAAAUCUCCGAGAGAACUGAAAGAAUGAGCUGUGAGGUGGAACUAAGGGGCUUUAAGAAACAUUUAUGUGUUGUUGAUGUAAACUGGAUUGUGCUAGUUCCUAACUUUGAUCUAUUUUGUAUUUUGUCAACUGAUGUUGUAAAUCAUCAUUUCAUUGAGGAUUUUGUAAACUGAUGUAUUGUAUAUACCGG